GGCAGAGGUUCGAGAAGCAGGGUUUCGAAGGCAGUGAGUCAUAACCUGUGAUUAUACACAAUGAGUCAAGGGACGACUUCAGAUGUGAUUGUGAUCGGAGCUGGGAUAAGCGGUCUGAUAGCUGCUCGAAUACUUAAGCAAUACGGGUUGAAGGUCACAGUGUUAGAAGCAAGAGAUCGUGUUGGCGGAAGAACGCUUACUCUGAGGGAUGAAUCUAUUGGUUAUGUGGAUCUUGGUGCAAUGUUUGUCGGUGCCACGCAAUACAGAUUGGCACAAUUAUUGAAAGAACUGGGAAUUGAAACGUAUCGCGUUACAGAAGAAGAAAGUGUUAUCAUUCAGACUGUGGGGAAACGGACAAUAAGUAACGACGAUAUGCCUAAUUGGUCCAAUCCAAUAGCACGCAUGGAUUCAAACAAUCUGUUCCGGACAAUUGAUAAACUUGCCAUGCAGGUACCACCCGAAGCACCAUGGGAUUGCCCCAACGCUGAAGAAUGGGACAGUAUGACGUGCACGACAUGGUUUGAUGAAAUGUGUUGGACUAAGGUAACAAGAGCGUACGCAGAUAUUUUUGUGAGAAUCAAUUUUGCCGUCGAGUCACGUGAUUUAUCAUUUCUGUAUUUCCUCUGGUAUAUUCGUUGCGCUGGAGGAGUUUUGCAAGUACAUCUUGUGGAAGGAGGCGCACAGGAACAGAAAAUAGUUGGCGGAGCACAGCAGAUAAGCGAGAAAUUAGCGAAAAUCAUUGGAAUUGAAAAUGUAGUGCUGUCAAGAGCUGUAGUAAAACUAGAACAAGGCAAUAACGAAGUAAUUGUUACAACGUCAGAUUGGGGCGUUUACAAGGGCUCCUACGUAGUAUGUGCUUUACCGCAGAAUCUAUUGAAUCGCGUGGAAUUUGCUCCGCCUCUUCCGUCUGUACGAAUACAGUUCAUGUUUAAGCAGACAAAUGCUUUUGUUGAUCCUAGCUUCUUAAACGGUGACUGGGGACGCAAACUUUGUGGCGAAACUAAAGAAAAACGGAAGGCAGUAUUGUGCCAGGAAUACGCCAAAUCACUGAAUUCAACAGAAGCAUUGAAUCCUAUCAACUAUGUGGAGUUUGAUUGGACAGGAGAGCAAUACUCCGGCGGGUGCUACGUGUGCGCAUACCCACCAGGCGUUCUCACGCGAUAUGCAAAGGAACUACGCAACCCAAUUGGUCGAGUUUACUUCGCUGGAACGGAGACCGCGUCGUCAUGGACAGGGUAUAUGGAUGGUGCUAUACAAGCUGGUGAUCGAGCUGCUAAAGAGGUUAUAUCAUGUUUGCAUUUGUCUACAUUGUGGUGCUUUUAA